GACACGAGAACAGCAGUUUUUUUUUCUCUCCAGCUUUUCUCUUUCUAUGUAACUUCCGUGUGUUUAGCAACAGCGGGUCUGCAGAGGUUAAAGCCAACAUGAGCGUCCUGUUUCAGCGCUGCUGGCUGGUUCGGAGUAAAGCCGUACCGAACCGAGCCAUCAGGCUGGCUCACAGCUUCAUUCAAAGGGAAACUGGAUCCAACCGGACGCUUUCAUCGCGAGCAGAUCUCGUCCACCUGGUGAGUGUCAGUCGGUGGCAAACCUACAGAAGAACACAAUGGCUCAAGUUUCAUGGAUCGAGAUCAUUUUCCUCAAUGCCUCCACCCUCAUCAUCAUCAGGCGAGAAGACUAAGAAAUCAGGGCCUGUGACGUGGAAAUCAUUAGCGGUCACUUUCGCCCUUGGAGGUGCUCUGCUGGGAGGGAUGAAAUAUUUCAAGAAAGAAAAAGAGGAAUUGAUUGAGAAAGAGCGGAACAAAUCUAUCGGGCGGCCGGCGCUGGGCGGGCCGUUCUCGCUGGUCGAUCACAACAACAAGCCCACCAAGAGCGAAGACUUCCUCGGCCAAUGGAUCCUCAUCUAUUUCGGCUUCACUCACUGCCCCGACAUCUGCCCAGACGAGAUAGAGAAGAUGAUUGAAGUUGUGGAUGAAAUAGAUAAAAUCAAGGCUCUUCCAAACUUGACGCCCAUAUUGAUCACAAUAGAUCCAGAUAGAGACACUCCAGAGGCCAUGGCUGCAUAUGUGAAAGAGUUUUCUCCAAAGCUGAUUGGUCUGACGGGGACGACGGCCCAGGUGGACGAGGUCUCCAGGGCCUACAGGGUGUACUACAGUCAGGGGCCCAAGGAUGAAGACAACGAUUACAUCGUUGAUCACACCAUCAUCAUGUACCUCGUUGGACCCGACGGAGAGUUUGUUGAUUAUUUUGGACAGAAUAAACGGAGUGUGGAGAUCAUCAGCUCCAUAGCGGCUCACAUGAGGAAGUUUAAGAAGGGCAAUUGAUGGUGCAGCCCAUUAAAGCCCACCAUGGACUUGAAAGUUUGUCUUCAGGGGUUUAACUGCUGCUGUCUUAUCAUUUUUACUUUAUAUACAUCCAUAAAUGUAUAAAGACUAUUUCUUUUCACUAAUGUGCUGCUUUUUGAUCUUUUUACAAGGUUUCCUAUCAGCCAUUUAUGCCCAUUUAAACCCAAAUAUUUAUUUAUUUUUUGUAUAAUUGCCCGAAGAAAAUAAUUCCUCUAUUGAUCAAAUCCUGAUUGUAGCUGAUGAAGGAAACCAAAUAAAUUAUUAUUAAAGGUAAUGGAUGAGCAGUUUGGAAAAAAAUCUUCCUGUUUCCAUCCAGAUGGUUGAUUUUGGAUCCACCUAGCGGUCAGAAAACAUAUUGCAUUUCUUCUUUCCCUUUGUGUGCAGUUGUUUAAGAUGGUAUUCUGAAUUUUAAUCUCUUUUAAAUUCAGAAUACCAGAAUAGCUUUCAAACCUGGGACUUCUUGAAACUUUUGAAUUUUGAAAAAAAUCUGCAAGCUUUAAAAUGAUUCUUCAUGUUUUAAUAAAAUGUAUUAAAUAAUGAUUCGGCUGAUUUGAAGAAACAUACAUUUAUUUGGCUGCCAAAGCUUUUAAACCACAUCUUUGUAUCACUUCUAGGUUUUUUUUGCUAUUUGUCCAAAUGUUGAUAAAGAUCCAAUCACCAUGACUGAUGAAAAUAAGGAAAUUGGACUUUGCUUUGAUUGAGAUUCUGAUACUAAUGAACCUUUUUCAAAGUGUUUAGAGUUUUAUAGC